AUGGACCAAGAAACAACACCCCCAUCAAAACCCCCCACCAUCAAGAAGCCCACUCGCCAUGAAAAAGGCAGCAAGAGGCCAUCCCCCAAGACGCUCAACCCGCUCCAGAUUGGCAUCCAAGACUUUGUGAGAAACAAUAUCGCCCCAGAAACACUGUCCCAAUAUGGCCUCUCACCAGAGACGCUACAAUCCAAUCUCCCAAAACGCUUCACGGUCUACGAGCCCAUGCUCCUCCUCCCCGUGAACGCCUUCAGCAGCCCCCCGGCUUGGAGCGCCCUGUACCAAUCCCUAACCGCUCCACAGCAACAGGCCCUCUACGCCUCACUCGUAAAGGCCUUCAGUCGCAUGGGCGUAACGCAUAUCGCCAUCAACGCGCCCAUCGCGCCCACAGACACGCAAGGCCACGAGAACCGCAUGCGCAGUCCCGCUGGCCUCGUCCCACUGUACGGCGACUUUGGGCCUCCUGCUACUACUGGUGCUACUAGUACUACUUCUCCCCUUGGUGAAGAGGGCCAGCCGAGCGAUGAGGACCUGGAACGGGCGUCUGGGGUCCAGGAGGAUGGAGGGCUGAGUGAGAGUAUGCUGGAUUUGGUGGGCAGUUUGAAGGAUACUGAUCGGGUCGUUCUCUUUCAUGGGGAUAAUCGGUUUGCGGCGGACAUUUUGAGGGAGAUUCGUGAUGUUAUGGAGGGGAGGGGGGAAUGGAAUUGCAUUCGUCAUGUCAACUUAGGGCUUCUUCCGACGUCUGUUGAUGCUUGGGGGAAUGCGUGCAGGAUGGUUGAUGCGGAGUUGGGGGGUUGGGUCCAUGUGCAUGAGAAUGUGGACGUGCGCGAGAUCGAGCAGAAGAAGGGGCUUAUCGCGGUGGAGUUUGGGAGGUUGCGGGCUGAAGCUCUUGGGAUGCGGGAUGUUGCUGCACCGGCGGAAUGUCGCCAUGUCGAACAAGUGAAGACUUAUGCGCCGGGAGUUAUGCACUGCGUUUAUGAUAUGAAGCUGCUGGCUUGCACUGGCGGCGGCGAAGGCAGUGUAUACAUAGACCUGACAGCUCUCCAAGCCAGAGACCACAAAACCGGCAAAGAGCUAGCCAUAAAGCUCUACCAUGAGCCGGCGGGCUACAGAUCGUACCAUCGCGAGGUCAGUGGGUACCGCUAUCUGGCCGGACUCGUGGGAGUCCCGAAGUUUUACUGGGCAGGACACGAUCAACGAUACCAUGCCACGGCCAUUGAACUCCUGGGGCCCAGCCUGGCCCAUCUGUGGCGGGACUGUGGGCGCAGAUUUUCCCUAAAGACGGUGCUCUUGCUGGCAGAUCAGUUGAUAUGUCGGUUUCAGGAGCUUCACUCGAGAAACUGCGUCCAUCGAGAUAUUAAGCCAGAGAACCUGCUGAUAGGAGUUGGGAAGAAAGCGAAUAUGGUGUAUGUGGCUGAUUUGGGUUUAGUCAAGAGGUAUAGUACAAUGAGUGACCAUCAGAUUUUGAAGCGGGAGCGUCAUGAUAGGCGUGAAUGCGAGAGAAAUCCUGAGGUUGGCAUUGGUUUGCAGGGGACAGAGGUAUAUGCUGCUUGGCGGGCGCAUUAUGCGAAGCAGCAAUCACCCCGCGAUGACAUGGAAAGCCUAGGAUACGUGCUCGUCCGAUUACUCAAAGGCCACCUUCCGUGGGAGAGGCUCUGGACACCAACUGGCACAGACUGGGAGAGACAGAUAGCCGUGGCUGAGAUGAAGCGCAAUAUACGUGUCGAAAAGCUUUGCAAAGACCUGCCGCCAGCGUUCAAUUUAUACUUCCUGCAUAUCUUUUUGAAGGCGACUCCUGACUACGCCUAUUUGCGUGACAAUUUCCGGGAUCCCUACAACUACGUCCUGACUCGACUGGCCAAUACCAUUCAAUCCCCAGACAUCAACCAUAUCCACAUCAUCACAAUGCACCCUCCAUCGCCCCAACUACUCCGUGCUUUGCGCACAUCCAUCUGGGCCCCCAAUGUCACCAGUCGACUAUGCACAAACGUCCGCUCAGUAUCUCCCAUCUCUAGAAUCACCCCCUAUGUACAAACAUACCGCAACAACAGUAACAAUGCCCGCCCCGUACGGAUGGUUCCUCGCGCGCACACCGCGAAGCCAGCGAGCCACGAUCGGGGCCCGCAGUCAACAGAGGACACGCAAACGGACUUUGCUGCGCUGAACGUACUCGGCAACAUCCCAGCGCCUACUACCGCUAUUGAUGCUUGCCUGGACAAUGGAUUCCAUUUGGAUAAUGGCCUCAAGCUCACAAACGGCGAUGGUCUGUUGCUUGUUGGAGGCGAGGCUUUCUCAUGGAGACCGUGGACAACGGUGGAUGGUGGAAAGAAUGCUAUGGUGAACAAGAAGGGCCAGUUUGAGGUUGAUGAACAAGCUUGGGGUCUUUUGGGACUCGUAUGGCCUCGUCCGGACCUCUUGAUUAUUGGGAUGGGCGCUUCUGUGUUUCCUCUUUCCCCUGAGACAAGGAGACAAAUCAAUUCCUUGGGUGUUCGGGUUGAGGUUCUGGAUACUAGGAAUGCCGCUGCGCAGUUCAAUCUGCUCGCGACUGAAAGAGGAGUGUCUGAGAUCGCGGCGGCUAUGAUUCCGAUUGGGUGGAAGGGACGGUAGAUACUCUUCUUCGGAGGGAUCUUGUACCACUGUAUAAAAUUUUGGGACUGUGUAAUAUUAUAACUAUGUCAUGUAUGGAGUA